CAUAUCAUUUGUGAGUCAGUGCGACUGUCGUUGCGAGCGAGACUGCACGCGAUCCGUAAAAUGUUCAACAAAACAUAUAUUAUCUUAGUUAAUAAAUUUACAUCACGACAGAAUGUUAGAUGGGCUAGUAAUCUUCGUUCGACCACAGACAGCUACCUCCACAAUCAAGGGUCAGAACCUUUGACGUUAGCGACGCUCGGUGACGUCAUCGAAGAGACAGUUCAUAAAUUUCCCGGUAGAGUAGCCGUGAAGUCAAUGCACGAAGGCAUCAGUCUUACCUAUGAGGAGUUGUUACUACGGGCGGAUUCUAUGGCAUAUGGUCUUCGAAAUCAAGGACUACAAAAAGGCGAUCGAGUAGGAGUCUGGUCACAUAACAGCGUUUCUUAUUUAGUUUCCUUAGUGGCAGCAGCCAGAGCUGGUUUGAUUUCGGUUUUAAUCAAUCCAGCAUAUGAAAAGAAGGAACUAAGUUUUUGCAUUAAGAAAUCAGGAAUGAAGUGUUUACUAAUAAGCGAUGCUCUACCGAAGAGGGAGUAUUACAGAACUUUAGAGCAAUUAAUACCUGAAUUAAAAGACGGAAAGCCUGGGUUAUUAAAGUCUAGAGAAUUUCCUUUUUUAUCUUCAAUUAUUGCUGAUGGUAGGAACAAAUUGCCUGGUACUAUCUCAUACAAAUCGUUGACCGAGGAUUAUAAGAACAGAAGCGAAGUGUCACAAUACGUCAAGGAAACCAAACCAAGUGACGGUUCUAUCAUUCACUUCACUUCCGGUACCACAGGGGAACCGAAAGCGGCAUUGGACUCGCACCUCGGCGUUGUAAACAACACUUACUUUACAGGCAAAAGAAAUACUUUCCACGAAGGACAUCAUAACAUUUGUGUUCAGGUUCCAAUAUUCCACGCUCUCGGAUCCGUCGUGACAGUACUGGGAGGCUUCCGUCACGGGGCCAGCCUGGUUCUAGCCGCACCUAUUUACGACAUCUCUGCAAAUGUGAAAGCUUUGUUUGGUGAAAAGUGUACAGCAAUAACGGGCACUCCCACCAUGUUCGUAGACAUCUUAUCCCAGGUCAGAGCCCAAGGUCAGGAGGUGCCUUCUGAGCUCCGGGUGGCGGUCGCCGCCGGAGCGCCCUGCAGCCCCCAAUUAAUUAGAGAUAUACAAACACACCUCAAUGCUGAAUCAGUUAAAAGUCUAUACGGUCUAACCGAGACGACAGCUUGCAUAUUCCAGUCCAACCAAGGCGACAGUAUAGACGUCGUAGCCGAGACGGUUGGCUACAUUCAAGAUCACGUUGAAGUCAAGGUGGUAAACGAACAAGGAGAGAUCGUUCCGUUUGAAACACCGGGCGAGCUUGUCGUACGCGGCUAUAACAACAUGAUCUGCUACUGGGACGAACCGGAGAAGACUAGGCAAACUCUGGACAAAGACGGCUGGCUGAAGACCGGGGACAAGUUCACGAUCAGCAAAGACGGCUACGGCAGGAUAGUUGGAAGGAUUAAAGAUAUCAUCGUUCGAGGAGGGGAGAACAUCGCGCCGAAAGAAAUCGAAGAUUUGCUGAACACACAUCCCGAUGUUGAAGAAAGUCAGGUCGUCGGAGUGUCGGACAAAAGAGUCGGAGAAGAGCUCUGUGCUGUUGUGAGGCUGCGUGAAGGCGCUGCGUUGAGUCUCGAUGACGUAACAAAGCAUUUAACAGGAGAAAUCGCACGCUUCAAAUUCCCGAGGAUCCUCAAAGUCACACAAGAGUUCCCGAAGACCGCUUCAGGGAAGAUCCAAAAGUAUAGACUGAGAGAAAUGAUCGAGAAAGGACUAUUGUGAUGUAUCGAUGUAUCGAAUGAUUUUGAUAAAACCAAAUAUAUUUUUAAAUUUACAAUAAUAAU